AAACAUAGCAAGCACGGCGUGUUGUGAGUGUUUUGGAGGUUAUAUGUUAUUACGGCCUCUUUUUGGCAAUUUAUAUGGUCAUAGAAGACAGCUGGUUUAGUUGUGGUUGUCAUGGCCACAUCUUCCAGUGUCAGUUCGGACAUCAGCAGAAGAAACCCACAGGACGACUAUGAAAUAAUUCAGCGUAUUGGAAGUGGAACUUAUGGAGAUGUCUAUAAGGCUACGAGACUGUCCACCAAUGAGCCGGCCGCCAUCAAGGUCAUCAAGCUGCAGCCAGGUGACGACUUCAGCAUCAUCCAGCAGGAGAUAGUGAUGAUGAAGGACUGCCGGCACGCCAACAUCGUGCAGUACUUUGGCUCCUACCUCCGCCGCGACAAACUCUGGAUCUGUAUGGAGUACUGUGGCGGCGGAUCGCUGCAAGACAUUUAUCACAUCACCGGUCCCCUGACGGAGCUGCAGAUCGCCUGCGUCUGUCGAGAGACGCUCAGUGGCCUCUCCUACCUCCACUCCAUGGGCAAGAUGCACAGGGACGUCAAGGGAGCCAACAUUCUACUGACUGAGAGUGGGGGAGUGAAGCUGGCAGAUUUUGGCGUCUCGGCUCAGAUCACCGCCACCAUCGGCAAACGGCAGUCGUUCAUCGGGACGCCGUACUGGAUGGCGCCAGAGGUGGCAGCCGUGGAGCGCAAGGGUGGCUACAAUCAGCAGUGCGACGUCUGGGCGGUGGGUAUCACGGCCAUCGAGCUGGCCGAGCUGCAGCCGCCCAUGUUCGACCUGCACCCCAUGCGCGCCCUCUUCCUCAUGUCCAAGUCGGGCUUCAAGCCGCCGCAGCUCAAGGACAAGAACAAGUGGUCGCCGACGUUCCAUAGUUUCCUGAAGGUGGCGCUCACCAAGAACCCGAAGAAGCGGCCGACGGCCGAUCGACUGUCACAGCACGCGUUUGUGUGCUGCGACCAGCUGGACCGUCGCCGGUUAAUGCGGGAGCUGCUGGACCGGGUCCGGAACCCCAGCGGCCACUUCCAGGAGGCCGAGCCUGAUGAUGAGGGGGCGGUGAACAACGUGCCACAGCGGAUAGCGUCCCGGCAGCCCCCGACCAAACAGCGAACCAAGUCGGAGCUGCACAUGAGCAGCGUCAGUUUCGAGCCGCCGCUGGUCACAGAGAUGUCCUCGGCGGCCGAGCCGGCGGCGCCUCGCAAACAGUGGAGGAUCGCUGGCGUGGUGGAUGACGAUGACGAUGACGAAGCUGAGCCCUCUGCGUCGGACGUAGCCUCUCAGUGGGCCACGCGUGACCCCGAGGUGGAGGAGGUCAACAGAGCUCGCGCCGCCGGCCACACCCUCGACUCUUCGCGUCCCGUCGGCAGCGGCGGCGGGGGUGGCAGCGGCAGCGACUUACUGAGCCGCAGCCGCAGCCUGACCCGCUCCGAGCAGUCGCCCGUGGGCCGCCGGCUGCAGCGCGGCCCGCUGUCGGGCGCGGACGUGCUCAACCUGUCGCUCAAGAGCUUGUUGCAAUUCAUUGACGACGAGUUGCAGACCAGGGGUCACACCGGGCGCCUCUCCGACAUGGAGCUAGCGUUGUCGCAACAGGCGACCCUCACUGUCGAGGAGUCACGGACGGCGCUCGAGCGGCUCUCUGCUGAACAGGAACAGAAUGGAAAGGACGUCUCGGCACCGGGCGACUCGACCCUGCGGCGGCGGCACAGCCUCUCCGGUCGGGACGAGCCGGCCACUGAUCCGACGGGCACUCUGACCGCGGGCCACCGUACCCGGUCACUCUCCGACAGCGAGGCCACAGCAGCGAACGGGGCCGACGCGGCAGCCGCCGACGGCGAGGCGGGCCCCUCUUCACCGGUGCCGCCGCCGCGCCGACGAGAGAAGUUCCGCAAGGCGACGCCACCGCGGCCCGUGUCCAACGGGCUGCCUCCCACUCCCAAAGUGCACAUGGGCGCCUGCUUCUCAAAGGUGUUUAACGGCUGUCCGCUGCACAUUCUGUGCACCACCACCUGGGUGCACCCGCUCACCCACGACCAGCACAUCCUGCUGGGUGCCGCCGAGGGUGUCUACACGCUCAACCUGAACCAGCUACACGAAGCCACCAUGGAGCAGCUGUUCAACCGGCGCACCACCUGGAUGGUCGUGGUGAAAGACACCCUGAUGAGCGUCUCAGGUCUGAAGAACCCGUGUCUCUACCGUCACGACCUGCUAGCGCUCCAUUCGCGGCAGCUGAACCGGUUUUCACUGAACGUGAACAAAAUCCCGGAGAAGCUGGUACCGAGGAAGUUCGCCAUGACGACAAAGGUACCGGAUACCAAAGGCUGUGAGCGCUGCUGCAUGGGUCGUAACCCGUUCAACGGCUACAAGUACCUGUGUGGCGCGGUGCCGUCGGGAAUUUUCCUGAUGCAGUGGUACGAUCCGCUCAACAAGUUUCUGCUUCUGAAGCACCACGAGUGUUACGUACCCAGUGAGCUGCGAGUGUUCGAGAUGGUCAUCACCCCCGACAUGGAGUACCCGCUCAUCUGCGUGGACGUUCGCCGCGGCUACGAGCCCGGCACGCUGCAGCUCGAUAUGAUUAACCUGAACACGGCCAGCUCGUGGUUCCCCGGCUGUGAGUUGGAGGACAUGGACGGCACGGCCACCGUGGUGCGCGCCGCCGAGAGGCUGAACGUGCAGGCCGUCACGCAGCUGGAGCGGGAUGCUGUGCUCGUGGCGUACGAUAACAUCGUCCAGGUGGUGGACCUCAACGGAAAACCGAAAACCUCGCGAAAACAAAUAUCCGAGCUACGUUUUGACUUCAACGUAGAAAGUGUCGUGUGCCUGACGGACAGCGUGCUGGCGUUUCACAAGCACGGCAUGCAGGGACGCAGCUUCGUCAACAACGAGGUCACCCAGGAAAUCACCGAUCCUUCGCGCGUGUUCCGGCUUCUGGGCAACGACAGGGUGAUCACCCUACAGAGCGUGCCGACGGUAGCCCCGGAGGAGUCGGCCGGCGACCACCGCAAUCUCUACAUCCUCACCGGCCACGAGGCCAUGUACUGAGACGGGGACGGUCAGCGGGCAUGAGCAUCUGUACAUAACCAUCAUCGAAGGGAGGGGAGGGGUCGCUAGGCCCCUGUAUACCUUAUACAGAGGCCUACAGAGGUGGGGAGGGAUGGGACAUGCAAUCAACAGUCUACACGACAGUGAUAUUAUUUGGUCCGCACCAGGCGGACUGUGUGUUGUGUUUGAAUCGGUUUAUUCGCCAGUGGCGGCGACGCGCUGCUGUCGCCUUUCUGUGAUGGUUUGUUGGAAAAACCGUCUGCUGGGCCCCUGACGCUCGCUAAUGCUAUAUAUGUUUUUGUUUUUGCUUGUUUGCGUGCUUACGUAAGAUGAGCAAUAAGCGAGUACAGAGGCUGGGCUCAAGGUGAAAUGUUGACAGGUAUUCCAGGAUCUGAGUGCGUUAGAUUGUUACGGAUGCUUGUGAGUGCUUGUGUCAGUCCGUUUUGCUCACCAUGGGGCGAAUUUUGUUAGCUACCAUCGUAAGUAGCCGAGGUUCAGUCUUCACGAAUCAUUAUGUAAGGGCAGCCGGCAGGCAUCAUGGCCUACAGGCUUACAUAAGUGUGUCUGGUCCCCUCGAAUCUGCACACCACGCACCAGUCCACGGAAUUUGGUGGAUGACAUACGACCGCAAUUAUAUUCAUCUUGCCAUGUCAACCAACAGAUGUUGCUAUUUUUAUUUCGAGAAUUAGAUUAAAUGGGGUUAUGAGUGUUACCAUUUACCGACAGUUUGUGGAUUUCGGGAUAUUCUGCAGUCAGGCGUCACCCUAGAAAUGUGAGCGAUUAUUUUGCAUGCGUUUGUGUUAGGUAUGUUGCGAUGCUUUAAUAUAUUUUCUUCGCUCUUAUCAGCACCUCAGUGAAGCACAUCUCAUUGCCUGUCAAUAUUUUACUUGAACAACUACGUUCUCCACCUGUUACGGUUUAGGCUGACCUAGGGGGACGAUAUUUUUCAAGCUAUUCUUUUUUCCGCUCUGAAUCUCGGUUUGAAGGCAGCGGUGUUUCGGGGAGCCAUCGCGGCAGGCCAUGGGGUCCAUCUACCUCCUUAGCUAGCCGUGAGGUACUGCUGCGUCCCCGGGGCCGGCUGCCGGAGGUCUGCCAACGUACCCGGUUUGCCGCGGAGGUGCGGGUAGGCCCUCUGUACCGCUAUUCUGGCGCGCGCCCCAGUAUGGGUCCGCGGUGCGACGUCUUUCCAACAUGGCGCCGAGUGUUACCGGCGCUACUGGCAUGCGAGGCUACCAAAUACCGUGUGUGUCGUGCGUUGGACCGGCGAAAUGUUACGCGGUUACCAUGGCAACAUAUUCGCGAAUUGUGUGCAUUGUACAUAUGUGGCGUGUUGGAGGUGUUUUGUAAUAAAACUGCAGUCGUA